UAAUAGCACCCGAUGCCGGCUCGGGUUUUUUGUCGACGUGUGGUUCGUAAAAGUACGUUUCGGGAUCGGAGCGAGCGCUUGAAUGGAGGACUCCUCGGCUUGAAUGCCGAGUGGCUUGGUGAUGCUCCGACGCUCAGUCAUUGUUCGGCGGCUACCGCAUUCGAGCCACCUUUCCCCUGCCUCUCUCUCACUAGCCUCCCACAAAGGAGACUCGUUGCUUCUAUCGCUUUACCGUUCACCCAGGAAGCGACUUUAAAUGAAUACUUAACAUAGCUCGGGGACAUUUUUAGUUGAUUUUCCAGGAAGCUGAAAAAAGGGCGUUCACUAGCGAACGUGUAAGCUAGUCGUUCAUUAUCAGGUCACUAGCACAACCAAUUGGUUACUUUUAAACACUCCGUGGUGUUAACAGCACAAUAUUACAUUCCACACUCGUCCAGGGACGGUUUAGGUCAUUUUUUUGCACAGGUGUGUGUCACGUAAAACCAGGUUAGCCGACAUUCCAUAGAAGGGCGCAGGUGUCGAAGGAGGCGAGUGUGACUCACGCACACACAUACACACACACACACUACUAGUGCCAUUUUGAUUUUUUCAAUGAUCGUUUUCUAGCGCCGUCUUCACGUCAGACCUCACGCCCACGCAAGGAGCCAUGGCAGACAAGGAGGAGCAGGUACAGAAAGCCAAACUGGCCGAGCAGGCCGAGCGCUACGAUGACAUGGCCGCCGCCAUGAAGGUCGUGACGGAGGAGGGCGUCAGCGAGCUGAGCAACGAGGAGCGCAAUCUGCUCUCUGUCGCCUACAAGAACGUGGUGGGUGCCCGGAGGUCCUCGUGGCGGGUGGUGUCCAGCCUGGAGCAGAAGUCGGAAGACAGCGCCAAGACAGCCCUGGCCAAGGAGUACAGGGAGAAGAUCGAGAAGGAGCUCAACGACAUCUGCAAUGAAGUUCUGAACCUGCUUGACAAUUACCUGAUCCCCAAUGCCAAGGCUCCCGAUAGCAAGGUCUUCUACCUGAAGAUGAAGGGCGACUACUACCGCUAUCUGGCUGAGGUGGCCGGUGGGGAGGACAAGGAAAAAAUAAUCAAGAGCUCACAAGAAUCCUACCAGCAGGCCUUGGACAUCAGCUACAAAGAAAUGCAGCCCACCCAUCCCAUUCGCCUCGGCCUUGCUCUCAACUUCUCCGUCUUCUACUAUGAGAUUGUUAACUCGCCCAACAAGGCCUGCGAGCUGGCCAAAACGGCCUUCGACGAAGCCAUCGCCAUGCUGGACUCUCUCAACAGCGACUCCUACAAAGACAGUACCUUGAUCAUGCAGCUGCUCCGUGACAAUCUCACUCUAUGGAUGUCAGACAACCAGGCCGAGGGCGAGGGUGAGGAGACGGAGCCAGAGCCGGCGCCGGCAGCCGACAAGAACUGAACUUCGUAAGAUUUAAAAAAAAAAAAAAAAAAAGAAAGAAAGAAAAUUCCACAUUUUUUUUUUACCUCUCACCAGCCUAUGUUUGUGUGUAUGUGUGUGUGUGUGUGUGUGCGCACAUGCAUGUGCACAUACGUAUGUUUACGCUCCACUCACUGUGUGUAAAGUACAGUAUGUGUGCAGAAUCAUUGUGUUAAAUGUAAGAACACCUCUACAUAUGAAAUAUCCAAAUAGAUGUUUUUUUUUUUUUUAAAUUGAACAUUACUCAAUGUGUCAACCAGUGGAUGUUUUUCAUUUGAAUUUCUGUAUGCUUUAGUCCCCAUGUAUUCCCUCCUUUUUAGUUCCAAAUUAGACCCUCGUUUAUGGUGGCAAGCUUGCCACCAUUACAGGACAAAAAUCUCUUGACUAUAUUUUGAUACUUUGUAUGUUUUUACUUGAACUGAACAUUUGUGACACUUGGGUCAAACAGAUCACCUUGAAACACGUAUACUGAAAUAAAAACAGUCCCAGCAGUUGGAUUCUCGCUAAGAUUUUGGGUGAUGAGUUAGUGAUGGAGUAGACGAGAGGUUGCUGUCUCCAUCCCACACCAUGUCGUAAAGACCUCUUUUUACGGAUGGUACGUGUGUCACGGCUCGGUGGGUUCUGUGGGUGUCGCCGAGGUUCCAAGGUGUGAAUGAAUAUUUCUGCUUUCGUCCGUCUUUGCUUUGUUUUUGCCAUGUGGGCUACGUUCCAUUUUGCUUUUCCUGCCUCCAACCUUCAGACAAAAAGUGAACAACUUAAGAACCAACAACACAAACGGCUUGAUACUGUAACUUUUUUUAAUCUCUCCAGCAGUGCAGAGGAUACUUUUUGCCAUGGGCUUUUAUGUGGCUUUCUACUUUUUCUAUUCAGGUGUUUUUGUAUUUUCUUUUUGUGUAUUUGAUUCCCUCCUUGACCCCGGGAAUGUAUGCGGUUCUCAGUAGUAUGGCUUGAGAGGUAGGCGUGCUUUGAAAGUGGCACUUAUAUGUCGAUUUUUUUUUUUUUUGCGUAGGAUUUAGCUUGAACCAGCUAAAGCAUUUGCCGUCCUUUGAAAGUACAAUACUAUGUGCAAAAAAAAAAGUUGGACCAUUUAGUCAACACAAUCUAGUGCUGGUUUCUUAUCAUGGUGAUUUCAAAGAGGGGGGAAAGGAAAAAAAAUCUUAACGGCUGCAGGAUUCUAAACAUUUUGCAAGUGGCACUCUUAAGUACGUUAUUUGGUUUUGUGCUUUCAUGUGAGAUGAAUUAAAACAUUAAAUCCAAGUAUGUUGUGA